AUGGCAGACCUAGACCUGGGCCCGAGACUGGGUGGUCUUGAUGAAUUCACCAAAUCUCACCAGGGUGCGGAUGGCGUUGGUGGCCUCUCCCAAAUCAUCCGAAUCCUCGAUAGAGGCAGAUUUCGAACAUCUUUCAUCGACGAUCUCUACACGCCAACUAUAUUGGUACCUCUGAUACUGCUUGUGGUCGGGCUCUUGUCUCUCGCCGCCACCGGACAGCUUCGUCUGGCAAAGAAGACUGAAGAAGUGGAAGAUCUGAAACGAGUGGACGGGUUCAAGUCGUCUGGGAGCAACAGAAACAUCGUCGAGCAUAUGAAGACGACGGGGACCAAGUUGGUGGUGUUCUUCGGCUCGCAAACCGGCAACGCACAAGGCCUCGCGUCCAAACUGGCCAAGGAGGGUCAGUCGCGAUUCGGGUUGAAGACGCUCGUGGCCGAUGUUGAAGACUACGACUACGAAAACCUCGUCGACUUUCCUUCCGACAGCGUGGCCGUCUUUGUGUUGGCCACGUAUGGCGAGGGCGAACCCACUGACAACGCGGUCGACUUUUACGAAUUCCUCACCGACCCAAACACGGCCUUCUCUUCCGAUCGAGAGAGACCGUUGAAAACUCUAAAAUAUUCCAUGUUCGGUCUUGGAAACUCAACCUACGAACACUACAACGCCGUGGUGCGAAAGGUCGACCAGAGCCUCGAGACGCACGGUGCUCGGAGGCUGUGUGCGACCGGCGAGGGCGACGACGGCGGCGACAAAACCACCGAGGAAGAUUUUCUGAGCUGGAAAGAGAGUCUCUGGCAGUCGGUGGCGUCCGUCAUGGGCCUAGAGGAGCGGGAGGCGGUCUAUGAACCGAGCUUCGACGUCCAAGAAGAAGGAUCCACGCAGGCCGAAGCAUCGCACGUGUUCCUGGGCGAGCAAAAUUCCCUACAUCUCAGGGGGGAGCAGCGCGGCCCAUUCGGGGCGCAUAACCCCUUUCUCGCGCCCGUCACCAAGUCGUUGGAGGUGUUUACCGUCAAGGACCGGAACUGCCUCCACAUGGAAUUCGACAUCAGUGAUUCCACAUUGGCAUACCAGACCGGGGACCAUUUGGCGGUGUGGCCGAUGAACGCCGACGUCGAAGUGGAACGGUUCCUCCGCGUAUUUGAUCUGUGGGACAGGCGGCACACCGUAUUCAGCAUCAAGGCGGCCCAGCAAGGGAGGGAUCCGUUUCCCACCCCAACCACCUAUGAGGCGGCGGCUCGAUACUAUCUCGAAAUCUGUGGGCCAGUGUCGAGGCAAGUCAUCGACAUCCUGGCGCAAUUCAGUCCCAGCCCGGAAGUCAAGGCGGCCAUGACCAAGCUUGGUCGCGACAAAGAUCAUUUUCAUCAAGAAGUCACCGGCCAAUGUCUCAACUUGGCCCAGCUGUUGGAGACGCUCAGUCCCUCGCAGCCAUUCUCGAAGGUGCCAUUCUCGGCGCUCGUCGAGGGCCUACGACGUCUCCAGCCACGGUAUUACUCGAUUUCAUCCUCAUCACUGCUUCAGAAGGGCACGAUUUCCAUCACCGCCGUGGUCGAGUCUCGACAAGUGGCUGGGGCUCCAGACACCAGACCACUGUUGAAGGGCGUGACGACAAACUAUCUCCUGGCCUUGAAGAAGCAACAGGAAGGAGAGGCCCAGCCACACCCGCACGGCAAGACUUAUGCCCUGGAGGGUCCGCGCAACAAGUACACUUCUCGAGUGCCCGUCUACGUUCGACCCUCGAAUUUCAAACUUCCCGCGGACUCUUCCCUGCCGGUGAUUAUGAUCGGCCCCGGCACGGGGGUUGCACCCUUCCGCGCCUUCGUUCAGGAGAGAGCAGAACAAGCAAGGUUGGGUCAAGACGUGGGCAAAACCAUUCUUUUCUUUGGUUGCAGACGCAAGUCGGAGGAUUUCUUGUAUGAAAAGGAGUGGGAGGAGUAUAAGGCUUUGCUUGGUGACAAAUUCCAGCUGUUCACCGCAUUCUCCAGAGAGGGCUCGGAGAAGGUCUAUGUUCAGCAUCGACUGGCUGAGAACGCAGACUUGGUCGCGGAGUUGUUGCAACACAAGGCAUAUUUCUAUGUCUGUGGCGAUGCGGCACAUAUGGCUCGAGAUGUCAGCGACACACUGGUCCGAAUCAUUGCUGAGAAAAGAGCCAUCCCGCCGGCCAAGGCCGAAGAGGUGGUUAAAUCCAUGAGAAAUUCCGGCCAAUACUUGGAGGACGUGUGGUCCUAA